GUUCAUAACUGUGGACAGUAGAAGAACACCAGCUUUGGAGUCAGUUCAGACCUGUGUCUGCUGCAUUGCUGAAAUCUUGGGCAAGUCUUUCAGCCUGGUAUGGCAGAAAAACCAUUGUGUAUGCCCACACAAAUACCCCAUGAUGAAGAUACACAAAGAGGAGAUAGUGUCCGUUGCUUAACAAUGCUUGGUCAUUUUGGUUUUGAAUGUUUGCCUCAUCAGUUGGUAAACCAAUCUAUUCAACAAGGAUUUUCUUUUAAUAUUCUCUGUGUGGGGGAAACUGGAAUUGGAAAAUCAACACUCAUCGACACAUUAUUCAAUACUAAUUUGAAAGACAAAAAAUCCUCACAUUUUUACUCAAAUGUUGGACUUAAAAUUCAGACAUAUGAACUUCAGGAAAGUAAUGUUCAAUUGAAAUUAACUGUUGUGAAAACAGUGGGAUACGGUGAUCAAAUAAACAAAGAAGCCAGCUACCAACCUAUAGUUGAAUAUGUAGAUGCUCAAUUUGAGGCCUAUCUUCAAGAAGAAUUGAAAAUUAAACGUUCCUUCAUUGACUACCAUGAUUCCCGUAUACAUGUGUGCCUUUACUUCAUUUCACCUACAGGACAUUCUUUGAAGUCCAUUGAUCUAUUAACUAUGAAGAACAUUGACAAUAAGGUGAACAUUAUACCAUUGAUUGCCAAAGCAGAUACAAUUUCUAAAAACGACUUACAGAAAUUCAAGUGUAAAAUAGUGAGUGAAUUGGUUAGUAAUGGCAUCCAGAUAUAUCAGUUCCCAACAGAUGAUGAAACUACUGCUCAGGUGAAUUCCUCAAUGAAUGGACAAUUACCUUUUGCUGUAGUAGGGAGUAUGGAUGAAGUGAAAGUUGGAAAAAGAAUGGUCAGAGGCCGUCAGUACCCUUGGGGAGUUUUACAAGUGGAAAAUGAAAAUCACUGUGACUUUGUCAAGCUCCGGGAUAUGCUUCUUUGUAUAAAUAUGGAAGACCUGAAAGAACAAACUCACACUCAGCACUAUGAACGUUAUAGGUGCUGCAAACUGGAGAAAAUGGGCUUUACUGAUGUGGGCCCAGACAACAAGCCACUUAGUUUUCAAGAGAUCUAUGAAGAUAAAAGACAAAAGUUCUAUGAUCAAUGUCAGAGGGAAAAAGAAGAAUUGAAACAAAAGUUUAUGCAGCGAGUAAAGGAUAAAGAAACAACAUUUAAAGAAUCUGAAAAAGAGUUACAAGAAAAGUUUGAGCAUCUUAAACGAGUCCAACAAGAGGAGACAAUGAAACUUAAGGAGAAGAGAAGACAAUUGGAAGAAGAAAUAAUGGAUUUUUAUAAAUUGAAGGCUGUUUCUGGAACAUUACAGGCUCUGGUGUGCACCAAUAUAAAGAAGGAGAAAGAUCAUAAGAAAUAGCCCUCUCUUACCAUUCUGUGUAUUAUAGAGCCCUAUCGCUCUCAAGUCUAUCUUUCUGUAAGAUUAUCUUUAUAGCACUUAACUCUUCCCCAAUUAGAAUGUGAACUUCCCAAGAGCAGGUACACUGACCAUCAUAUUAGAUUUUGUGUCUUCAGUGUUUUUAACAAAAACUAACACAGUUUCCACUCAAUAAAUAUUUGCCAAAAUGAAAAAAAAAAAAAAAAAGAAAUGCAUAGCAUAGUGUAAGUAGUGUUGAUUAGCUGUUUUUGUUUGUUUGUUUUUUUAAUACCAUAGCUCUGGCUAUGGCUCCAGUGCAUAACUAUAACUAUAACUAUAACUAUAACUAUAACUAUAACUAUAACUACUAUAUAACUAUAAAACUAUAACAACUAUAACAACUAUAACUAUAUAUAUAGGGGAUUUGUUCAUGAGCCAUUGCCGGAGUCAAGCUCCAGCAGGUCCAGGGAUUCCUGAAGGCUGAACAGCAUUGGCAAAAAAAUGAAAAAAAAUAAAUCAAAAAUAAAAAUGGACACAGACAACAGCAGUGUGUUGAACUGGCUGCUUUAUUGUGGCAAAUGUGGCAUUAUAUUUGUUAGCAAUUUCCUUGUAGUGUGCAUCAUCUAUGUUUUCUAGCAUUACCUAAUUCUAAAAAUGUUCCUAUGUGUAAUCACCUUUUAAGGAAUAACAUGGUUAUUUUCUCAUAACAUUCCCU